AUGGCUGGAACCUUAUGGGCAGAAGGAGUGCGUGCGCUGUUCGCUGACGAGUGCACUUCCGCAGCGAAGCUGUUUGCUGCUUCCAUCCAGGAGGAGCCGGUAGAAUCGAAAGUCGCGGCGAGGCGUCUACACUUCUUGGCAGAGAUGCUACUGGACAGCGGCCGUCCACUCGAAGCUAUCAGGCACUUGCAGCAGGCGGUGAAGCUGGAUCCAGAUUUGAAGGAGGCCCACAUUGCCCUGUGUAUGUCACUCGAGGAGGUUCGGGACGACGAUGCACUCCGAGCUGCGGUGGCGGCAGCCAUCGUGGAGGGUGGCGUCUGGUCCUCGCCAAGGCAACGUCCUGCCGCUUUUCUGGCAGAUCUUGUGUCUCAGCCUUUCUGGGAUCCAAAGAUCUUUCCCUGGGUCCAGGCGCUUGAGGCUGCCUCGCCUCGGAUACGUUGUGAGCUCGAGGAAAUCCUGCCUCUUCUAGAGCAUCCUCGUGGACCGAAGCCUCCCUGGGCGAGAGUCGGGGGCGGCCACAGGGCCACAGGGCGGCAGGAUGGCGAAGCGAUCUUGCGAGGCGGCUGGCACGAGGUGGUUCUUUUCGGCUUGCAGGAACAGAAGCAGCAGGCCGACGCCCAAGGCCGAUGCUCGGCGGCUCUGAAGGCCAUCCAGGACUUGCUGCCAGAGGCUGUCUCCUUGGCGGAGGCUGGUGCAGGAGAAGUUGUGCUUUCCGCGCUGUCCCCGGGAACAGAUGUUCUUCGUCACUGUGGCAGGGCGAACCACCGCCUGACGGCUCAUCUUGGGCUAAGCAUUCCGCAGGAGGUCCCACCAGGUCCAGACAACCAGCCCGCAUGCGGCAUCGCUGUCGGAGGCGAAUGGAGGUGCUGGGAGCGGGACAGGAUCAUGGUUUUUGAUGAUUCCUUUGAGCAUGAGGUGCGUAAUCAUGCGGGCUCCACGCGAGUGGUGCUGCUGAUCCGAUUCUGGCAUCCUUCCCUGGACACAGCCGACAAGAGGGACAUGGCACUGGAAGAGAUUCAGGCAUCGCUGGCCCGAGCCCAGAGGCUCCGCACUUUGCCGCCCUUGGCGCCGGCCUACACGGAACCGGGGCCGCUCUUGGAGGAACAUCUGCUGGGGCGCAGUUCCGGCAUUUGUGCCAAGUGCGGCUCUGCAGAGGGUGGCGACUUAGUGUUGGACGAGGAGAACAGACGAGUCAGGCUGGUUGGCCGCUGUUGCGGACACGUCGUUCUUUGA